AAAAUAAAACAUGGCGGACUAGUUUCCGCCUCUGUGAAGAAAUAUAGUGAAUUCAGUUUUUUACGCCAAACAUGUCCUUCGAAAUUCAGAGGUGGAAAGCUGAGGCUCAUGAAAAUGCUGCAAAGACCGUGGCAAAUAUGCUCCAACAUCCUGACAGCCUGGACAAAGUGGAACAAUGGAGACGGAGAUAUAUGAGAAACAAGGCAUCAGCUGAAGCCAGACUGAAGACAGCUGUGCAGUCCCAAUUGGAUGGUGUCAGAACAGGGCUUCAUCAGCUCCAUGGAGCUCUUCAAGAUAUUAAGGAAAUUAAGAAGAGCAUGAAUGAAGUGGAUUCUAUGUGCAAAAAUGUGGAAUAUUUAGCAGAUGAGCUGCAGACUGUUAGGGACUGUCAAUUACACCAGAGCAGGAUAUCUAAAGCCUGUGAACAUCUUAAUCUUAUCUUCACUGUUCCAGACAGUGUAAAAAAAACAGAAGCCUUGAUCAAUGAAGGAAAACUUCUCCUUGCUCACAAAUGUUUAUCAGACUUGGAAGCCACCAGGGAUGAACUCCUGCUGGAAGUUCACAAGAUGGCACAGGAAGAAGAGGGUCCAAAACCUGAUAAAACACCGCUGUACCAAUACUUUGAUGUAGUCAAAAAGUUAUCAGAUUCCCUUGGCAAACAGUGCUGGGUUGUGUUGGGGAGGGUGCUUAGUACAGUUCGUAGUGACCCCGCCCAGUUGGUGACAGCCCUAAGAAUUGUUGAAAGAGAAACAAGAGCUGAUAAAAGAGCAGAGGAAAAAGAAAAAAAUAUGGGAUUUUCUGUGCCUGGACGGCCUAAGAAGUGGAGAGAUAAAGCAUUUAAGGUUCUAGAGGAGUCUGUCAGUAACAGGUUUGAGAGUCUUGACAUGGAACUGCAGGAUAGAAUGGAUGACAAGAUGUGGCUGGUGAAACAUCUUGAACGCACAAGGAAACUUGUUUUGGAUGAUUUGAUUGUUGUCAAGAACUUGUGUCAGGUUUGUUUCCCUCCAAGUUAUGACAUAUUUGAUCGCUACAUCAAAAUGUAUCACAAGGCACUCUCCGUCAUGUUGGAAAGAUUUGUUCUGGAAGAAAGACUUGAUUCGAAUGAGUGCAUCAGUCUGUUAACCUGGAUCAAAGAAUACAAGGGAACUGAUCUUAUGAUGCAUCCAGAGCUACAGAUUGAUGUUGGAUUCCUAGGACCUCUGUUAUCGCCCAAAGUUGAACAGGAACUGCUAGACACCUACCUCACGACCACUAAAAACAACAUGAUGGAGUGGAUGACCAGGCUGGCCGAAACAGAUCUUCAGGACUGGAACAGGGACGCACCGCCAGAGACAGACAUGGAUGGUUUCUACAACACAUCGCUUCCAGUUUUCCUUUUUAAAAUGGUCGAUCAGAAUCUGCAAGUUGCAGCGAAGGCUGGAGAAGAGAUCAAACUACAGAUUCUGGAUAUUUGUCUUGAGUCUAUGCAAGGUUUCCAGAGGGAAUAUAGAGGUCAAAUCAGAGCUUUCAAGAGCAAACACUUUGAGGACAGAAUGCAGCCUGUGAGAUUUGUGGAAUACAUAGUGGCCAUCGUAAACAACUGCAAGGCGUGUAUGGACUUUACAGAUCAACUAAAGGAGCGGUUAGUGGCUGAACUUGGCCGAGCAACGUUUGGAGAAGAUAAACAACGAUCAUUUAAGAGCGUCGUCGACUGCUUCGCACAGAUAGGAGAGGAGAGUGCUGGAUACCUCUUGGAUGAAGCAUUCUUGGACCUGGAGCCUUUUUUCUCACAAAUUAUGACUCCUGCAUGGAUACCAAGUCCAGAAGCUGUGGACACAAUAAUUGUCACAAUAGAGGAUUACUACAAUGACUUUUUACACUUGAAAGACAAAUUUUUCGAUAACCUCAUGGAACAAGCUCUGAAGAAAGUGCUGCUAGAAUAUGUCCGUGCAAUGCUGAACAAGCGUAUUACAUUUAAGGAUUACGAAGGAAGGAGGGAUGCGGCAAAAAAGAUCACGGAGGAAUCCAAAAAGAUCGAGAAACUCUUCAAGAAGUUAGCCAAAGCUAAUUUGCAGCCAGAAAAUCAAUGCUCCGUUCUUUCAACACUUGCUGAGGUCAUCAAACUUCGAGAUACGUCCAUGAUGGCUCUUGAAAUUUCGGGAAUUGCCAACAAGUACCCAGACUUCAAAUCUGACCAUGCCUUGGUCCUGUUGUUGAUGAGAGGAGAUCUUACCAGGACAGAAGCAAGACAGUUAAUUAUGGAAACUCCUCUAGAAGGAAGACAGGAUACUCCAGCUGAUGACCCUGCUGCAUUUUUCACUCAAAUCAUUGUGCCACCAUCUGUGUUGGACAAGCUGGAAACAUUGAGAGAAACAAUGAUGAAAAAGAAAUGAAAUUUGCAUCAAAUUAGCAUGUAAUUCAUUACUCUUCUUCACUCUGUGUAUUUUAAAAAAAAGUCCAUUUUACAUCUACUACUCUAAACAGGAAAUUAAACUUGCAACAUGUAUUUUGGGCCCCAGACAUUGAUCUGCCACUUUUUUUUCUGUGAAGAUGUCAGUAAAAAAUAAGUCUACCAUAAAAUUGCUAUUAGAAUGUGGAAAUUGUUUAUUAAAGAUAGUUUAAGUGUUACUGGAUCUGUAUCAAUCCACUUCAUUAAUAAAAAUGAAA